AUGAGGAAUGGUUUAUAAAAAGAGGAAACUAACAGAAACUAUGACACGUCAAAAAUAAUAUUUCCUUUUGAUAAUAUAAUGAUGAAGAAAUUAAGAACAUAAUAAUUUAUUAUAAAAGAUGAAAAAAUAGAAUGUAGCAUUUGUUUAAAAAUAAUAAAUAUAAAUGAAAUUGGAUGUUAAAUUCGAGAAUGCAAACAUACUUUUCAUUAAAUUUGUUUAUAAAGAUGGUAUAAUAUUAAUAAUAAAUGUCCUUUGUGUAGGUAGUAAAUUUGA